UCUCCGUACGCCAUGAUCAAACCAAGCCCAGCAAACAAACCAAGCCCAGUCCAGAAAAGUCAGUGGAUUUGAUUGUACGACUGGACUGCGACAUUUUUCGCCCGGCAUGAUUAUAAAUAAGAAUUCGAGCCCGCUCGCAAGUUGCAACGCGCCGAGAGAGAGAGAUUAUUAUCUCCAGCCUGCGCCGCUGCUGCGAUCGUAUCAUCACCUGUUCUUGCGCUGGUCUUGAGUUCGGUUUUAUCUGCUUGACCUUUGUUUGACGGCUUUAGGGAACUUACUACGAUUCAAGAUGUUCACUGCUACGGGCCCCCAGGCUGUGGAGAAGAUUAAUAUCGUGCAGGAUGAGAGGGUGCAGCGUCGUGAGGCCGUUAUUAAUGGGAAGACUUAUGGAUAUCUGCUGGCUGAGCCGGAGGGGGGAUUUACUCGGACGGUUUUGCUGAUUCACGGUUUCCCGGAUCUCGCUGUUACCUGGAAGAGUGUGAUUCCGCUGUUCCUAAAGUUCGGGUUCCGGGUCAUUUGUCCUGAUUGUGUGGGAUAUGGAAGGACGGACGCCCCGACCGACUCGCUUGCGCCGUACACCUACAAGUCGCAGGCGGACGACUUCGUCGAGCUGGCGAAGCAGCUCGGCAGCGAGAGCCUCGUUGUCGGUGGCCACGACUGGGGCGCUGUGAUCGCUUACCGUGUCGCUCUCUGGCACCCCAUUUUCGUCACUCAUCUGUUCACCUUUGCGAUUCCGUACAUCGCGCCGUCUCCGAAAUGGAUCGAGACCGAGGACAUGCUGAAAAUGUUCCCGUCGCUCGGCUACCAGAUGCAAUUUGGUAGCGAGGAGGGCAUCAUCGAGUCCUUUGCCAAGGAUAAGGCGGGCAUCCGCGCUUUCUUGAACACGUUGUACGGCGGUAAGACCGCGGACGGGAAAUACGGCAUCAAUGUCAACAGGGGCGUGGAUCUGGAGUUGGCGACCCAGUUGGAGCAUACACCUUUGCUGGCUCCCGAGGAGCUGGACUAUUAUGUUGAGGUGUACUCUCGGAAUGGGUUGCGGGGACCUUGCAACUACUACCGGACUCGCCGGGCGAACUUCGACGACGAGGAGUGCUUCAGAGAUACUCCGGCUGCCGUGGUGCUCAAGUGUCCGACUCUCUUUGUGCGCGCGUCGGCCGAUGCCGUCGUCUCCGACCAGAUGGUGAGCAUGAUGGAGAAGACGGUGCCCAACCUGACGAUGAAGGAAGUCACGGCGGGACACUGGGUCCCGUGGCAGAAGCCGGCCGAGGUGAACGAGAUCUUGACCGAGUGGAUGCGCCAGCAGGGAUUGGUGGCUGGGGAUUCGUAAGACGAGCGUCUUGGCGGCGCUAUUAAUGCAGGGCGACGCAAGGGUGGUUUAAUAGCCCUAUGCAUAAAUUAGCUGGUGACAGCAGAUGCCUCACAUGUAGACUGCAAGUUAAACUGAUAUUGAUGCAAGACAAAAGCUUUAUUGAAGCUUUGGAAUUGAG